AUGUCUGGUAGAGGUAAAGGCGGUAAGGGACUCGGCAAAGGGGGUGCAAAGCGUCAUCGUAAAGUCCUUCACGAUAACAUCCAGGGAAUCACCAAGCCGGCUAUUCGCCGUCUGGCUCGCCGUGGCGGUGUUAAGCGUAUUUCCAGCCUGAUUUACGAAGAGACUCGCGGUGUGCUGAAGGUCUUCUUGGAGAACGUCAUCCCCGACGCCACAACGGCUCUUUUAAGAGCCACACAAAUAUCCACAAAGAGAUUUCACUCGAGCAGCAACACCAUGCCUAAACCAGCUAAGACCGCGCCCAAGAAGGGAUCUAAGAAAGCCGUGACCAAGACGGCGGGUAAAGGCGGCAAGAAGCGCAGAAAUACCAGGAAGGAGAGUUACGCCAUCUACGUGUACAAAGUCCUGAAGCAGGUGCACCCUGAUACCGGUAUCUCCUCUAAGGCCAUGGGCAUCAUGAACUCGUUCGUCAACGACAUUUUUGAGCGCAUCGUCAGUGAGUCUUCUCGUCUGGCUCACUACAACAAGCGCUCCACCAUCACCUCUAGGGAGAUCCAGACUGCAGUGCGUCUGUUGCUUCCCGGAGAGUUGUCCAAGCACGUCGUGUCUGAGGGCAGAAAGGCCGUUACCAAGUACACCAGCUCCAAGUAA